AUGACAGCCGGAUUGGUGAGACGCUUGUCGCGGUCAAAGCCGCACAGGGACUCGUUGCUGCGCAACUUGGCGUCGCAGCUGUUCCUGCAUGGUAGCAUCACCUCGACGAAGCCGAAGCUGAAGGAAGCGCAGCGCUACGCCGAGCGCAUCAUCACGAUCGCCAAGCAUGCGGCGAAGAAGCCGGCGAUUUUCACGCCGGAACUGCAGAGCCGGCUGCACCUGAGUGGGGACACGGCGGGGCUUGUGCGCAAGCUGGUGGAAGAGGUGGGUCCGCGGUACGCAGGGCGGGCGGGCGGCUGCACGCGGCUGCUGCAGCUGGAGCCCCGGCUGGGCGACCGGGCGCCAGCCGCAGUCCUAGAGCUAGUGGACCAGCCGCUGCGGGGCCCAGACGGCGAGCUACAGCGGGGUAACCUGAAGCUGUGGCUGACGGUCAAGGCCGCGAUGUACGCGGCGGAGCAGGGCGCCGCGCCGUCGCCGCUGACGGUGCGCAACCUGGUCAAGCUGGCGCACGGCAAGGAGCUGGAGCAGUUCCUGGCGGACGUGGCGGACGUGCGGCGGCUGCUGCUCGAGCAUCAGGGCGCCGCGGACUCGCCGGAAGAGGCGGAGCGCUUUGUGGGCGGCCUGCGCAGCGCCCUUGAGGCGCCGGCGGCGGCGCCUGCGCCGCCAGCGCGCAAGAGAUACGAGUUCGCUCCCCGGCCCGCGCGCAACUGA